GCUGUAAUGGUGGAGUACUGAGGCAGAGAGACGGACUACAACUAGAGUGAAGAAAGAGAGGAAAACGGUCCAAAGUGUGUUUCAGAGCCAGCUGCCGCGUGUAGGAAAUCGUCGAAAAUGGAUGAACUCAAACAUCAAGUCAUGAUUAACCAGUUCGUCCUGACGGCGGGUUGUGCGGCAGACCAGGCGAAGCAGCUUUUGCAAGCGGCACAUUGGCAGUUCGAGACUGCCCUCAGUGCCUUUUUUCAAGAAACAAAUAUUCCAUAUGGCCAUCAUCAUCAAAUGAUGUGCACCCCAGCCAACACACCAGCGACGCCCCCCAACUUCCCGGACGCGUUGACCAUGUUCUCCCGGCUGAAGGCGUCCGAGAGCUUUAACAGUGGCAGCGGCGGAAGUCCCAUGGCCGCCUCCAUGGCCACCUCACCCCCGCCCCCCCAGGUCGGCGGCUGGGGGGUCUCACCAAACGUACCUAACAUGCCGCAGCCUCAACAGGGACUCUGGACUCAUGGGCAGCCCCCCACGCAGCCCUGCCCCGCUUGGCCUACGGGUGUAAACCCCCACACAGGCACUGAGCAAAAGGCUAGCGUAGCGAUGGAGGCUGAGAGAUGAAGGGCAGCACAGGACUGAAAAGCCCCCCUUUCCACCCCAGGGAGGAAACAAAAAUGGGGGGAUGAAUGCCGGGUGGGUGGGUAGAGUGGUAAAUGAUAUUGGGUAGAAAUGGGUUUUGGUCUUUUUCCCAAAAGACGGAUGGAUAUGGAAAGAGAUGGAAACCACGCAAACCAAGAAAACUCAACGUGGACAAAUUAAUAAGAGGAGAAAACCAAUGCAAAUGUUGAUACAAAAAUAUAUGAAAAAAAAGAGAUACGCACACACAUAGUAAUAAGAGAGCAACUGAAAUCUUUGUUAGCUUUUCCUAAGUAAAUGCAUAGAUAAGAAAAUAUUAUUGAACUAAAAAAAAAAGAAAUUUGUAAAAAAAAAAACACAAAAAAAUUGUCACGCCCAAGGAUUCUAUGUGAUGUUCAAGGACAUUCAAGGCAGCAAAUUUAAUUUUCUGUUUUUCUGUUUAGUAUUUUUUCUUCCAUCUUUUCAGCCAGUGUUUUUUUUCCCACUGGUGUUCUGUGUUUCUGCAACUGUCUGUUCUGCAUGAGGAGAGAGGAACUUGCAAUGCAGUGUUUGAGAUUGACUCAAAAAUCAACACGCACUUGAGUGUGAGUGUGUACGCAUGUGAGCGGGUGAUCAGUUUGUAAUCAAAAAUGUAUAC